AGAUUCAGAGUGUUAGCCGGGGCAAUGAAUUUGCGUACUUUCCUGCCACUAAACGUGGAUCACGUGACAUCUAACGAGUACUUUUUCUUGACCGAUGAGGUACUGCAUGUUCUGUUGCCGACCCUGAGUUGGUUAAGGGUGCUAUCUUUGUCUCAUUAUCAGAAACUCUCUAUGUUGCCCAGUUCAGUUGGAUGUUUGAAGCAUCUGCGCUAUUUGAAUCUCUCUUAUAAUAGAAGUCUAAGUAGAUUGCCUGAUUCAAUUACUGCUCUAUACAACUUGCAAACCUUAAUUCUUGCUUACUGUCAGUCUCUCAUUGAGUUACCAAGAAACAUGGGUAGCCUAACCUGUCUGCGUCAUCUUGAUUUAAGGGGGACAUUCCUGAAGAGAAUGCCGUUGGGGAUGAGCAGACUGAAGAAUUUGCAGACAUUAACUAAUUUCGUGGUGGCUGAAAACGGUGGGACCAGGGUUAGGGAACUAGGGGAGCUUGGGAAUCUUAUGGGUACACUCUCCAUACAAGGUUUGCAGAAUGUUGAUAGUUACCGAGAUGCAGAGAUAGUCGAUUUGCAGGGAAAAAGGUACUUGAAAAAGUUACUGCUGGAAUGGGGUUCUGAUAACAAUAUUAUGCAGCAAAAUUGCUUAAAUGUAUUGGACAAGCUGCAACCUCAUUGGAACUUGACAGAGCUUAUCAUUAUAUCCUAUAGUGGUAAGUCAUUCUCUGAUUGGCUGGGACAUGGUUCAUUCUCUAAUAUGUCAGUCAUGCGUCUUGAAUCUUGCAAGCACUGUGUGUCAUUGCCUCCUUUAGGACAGCUACCAUCUCUGGAGAAGUUGAUAAUCAAAGGAUUUGAUGGAGUUACAAGUGUGGGUACUGAAUUCAAUGGUAGUAACUGUAUACCUUUUCAGUCACUUAAGUACUUGGAAUUUGUUGACAUGUGCAGCUGGAAAGAGUGGGCUUCUUUUGCAAUAGAGACAGGAGGUCUUGCCUUUGCACAUCUGCAGGAGCUUUGUAUUAGAAAUUGCCCCAAGUUGAGUGGAGGUUUACCCAGCCAUCUCCCUUCUCUAACAGCCUUGUCCAUUGAAAAGUGCCCACAGCUAACGUCUUCUCUACCAUUUGCACCACUUCUCCGUGAGAUCAAAUUGGAUGAUUGUGGAAACUUUUCUGGAGUUGAGCCUCUCCUAAAUGGCAUUGAGUUACGAGAUAUGAAAAUCAAGAAUUUUUCCGCCCUUCCCUUGAGGUUUCUUCCUCCUACCAUGACAAGACUCAAUCUUGAAGACGGUCCUGAAAUAGAGUUGCCAAUACACAGAUGCCAUGAAUGUGGAGUGCGUCUAGAUGGGGCUAGACUAACUAAUGUUCCUAAAAUACAUGAUGCAUCCACGAUUAGCAAUACAGGCACAUGCCUUAUUGAAAUGCAUCUUUUGAGUAAAAGUGGCCUAACUGGAUUCCUUGAAAGAUUUGGACUUGGGCUCUCUCUUAGCUUCCGCUACGCCCUCCCAUGCCAAUCGUUGAUUGGUGGCAACCUGUCGGUGCAAAAGAAUACUUGGAUUAAGGGGAAGAUCAAACUUGGGUUCUCUCUUGGCAAUCUCCGAUGUGAUGGCAUUGGGUUUCUGCUAGGCACUACCAACAUGCUGUGGUGGAUGUCGGAUGCUGCUUUGGAUGGACCUAUUCUUCCCCCACGAUAUCAAGAUAGUUUCAGUAAGAUGGUUGUGGUGAGAAAGUGA